UGGUGCCUAUUGCAAUGUAAAUGGCGCGUGCUGCAAUAAAACCGGAAGAGACGUUUCUGUUUACUGGUUAUGCCGUUGCAUAAAUGUAAUUCACAGAAAGAAAACACUUGCGCUAAGAGCAAUGUUACGGAUCCUUCUUGAAUUACUUUUUGUUGAAGGUGCACAUACGAACUCAGAUUAAAAUAGGAGAGAAGAGGAGGGACACGCGGAUGACACACGCGGGUGCUGCAUCUGUGCAAUAUGGGACUUUAUGUCUGUCUGUAUGCGCCCAAUGUAAUCGGCUACAUUCGAAUUCUUCUUGUACUCACCGCCUGGACUGUAUAUAGUGACCCAGUGAGAUUUCUACCCUUGUAUGUGGCAUCAGUAAUAUUGGAUGGGCUGGAUGGAUGGGUGGCACGUCGGCUGCAGCAGACUUCUAGGUUCGGGGCUUGGCUGGAUGUGGUUGUGGACAACAUAGGACGUGGUAUGCUCUGGAAUAUACUUUAUGACUGGGGCUGGUUGGUGUCCUCAGUAGAGUGGUGUGCGUUUGUGUGCAACCACAGUGCUCGAGGAGCCCAAUGGAAGAACUCUUUCACGGGGAGCCCGGUCUGGGUUCAAGCAGUGAUGGCAAAAGGCUUUAAGACUCCACUGGGCAUUUUGACAAUAGCAGGGAUCCAUGUUUUGCCUGUGUGGCUGUAUGCCUAUCAGUAUGAGGUGCUGUCACAGGCUCUCUAUAUCCCACACUGCCUUCAGAUUCUUGGGAUUCUGGUGCUGGCAGCUGGACGCUUACUGGGCUUAGCAGUUGAGAUGUGGUGCAUCUUAAACCAUGUGAGAUUGUUAGUGUUGGAUGAAGAGGAGGAGAAGAAGAGCUAGGACGAAUGUAAAAUGUUACAUGUUUGUGUUUUGGGUUACUGGGUUUGAGAUUGAAUUGAUGUUUGAAGCAAGCCAAAGGGAAAAUUGGUCUUUUAUGAGGGUAUUGAUCCAAAAAGCAGUUGCAAAAAUUGCAGGUAUGAGCAUGUUGAAUGUAGAAUUUUGCAGGGCUUUAUUUGCUGUAUAUUCUCUUGAUAUAUACAUGUAUUAUACUAUAUAAUAUACUUAAAGGGAUAGUUCACCCAAAAAUGAAAAAUCAUUUACUCACUCUCAUGUUGUUACAAACCUGUAUAAAUGUCUUUGUUCUGAUGACCACAAAAAAAGAUAUUUUGAAGAAUGUUUGUAACCAAGCUAAUCAUAAGCCCCAUUGACGUCCUUAUUAUUUUUCCUAUUAUGAAAGUCAAUGGUGCUCAUGAUCGGGUUGGUUUCAAACAUUUCUCAAAAUAUGAAGAGUUGGUUCCAAAACAAGAUAACUCAGUUUUUUUU